GGGAGAUUUAAAUAGCACCUCGCUAGCACUAGCGUUGUCCAGUGGUUAAUACUUGGAGGAAUUAGUUUGGCUGGGAGGUCUUUUAGACGUCUCUUUUUUCCUUGCUUCUUUCUCGUGUAUUAUAAGGACUUUACCCCUCUUAGUCUGCUACCCUUCCGCUGGAGAUGGAGCAUUUGCCGCCGGUGUGGCAGAUGCCGGGGCGAAACAGAAAGGAGCAGUGUGAAGAGUCUUUACCCUGGAGGGUAGAAAUGGUGAGUGUGGGAGUCAGCACAGAGCCCUGCCAUGCCAGGUGGAAGGUAGAAACAGAUGAAAUUGUCCUACAGCGGCGGCAAAAGCAGAUAGAUUAUGGCAAGUGCACACCUGGUUACCAGUGUUUUCUGCAGCAGGUCCCCAAGGCACAACGACAGCCAGGACUUCAUCCUCAAACACCAAACAAAAACAGGAGAUAUAGCCGCCGCUCCUGGGAUGCCCAGAUCAGGCAAUGGAGAAAAGCACUACAUUCCUGGGACCCCCCCAGCCAGCCUCUGCAGGGCAGGAGGGCUGAGGGGCAGGGAAUGGAGACUCAUCUCUUAGAACCAAUGGAUUCCACCCCUUUGGAUGACCUCCUGGAUGACUGGCUCCAGCCCCUGGAACCCUAAGAGAAUCUGGAUGGAGACCAGAAGGGAGCCCAGUUUGCAGACGAGGUGGCUCUGACUCCUCCCUUCCCAGGCUCUGUGAAGAUCCCCACCACUGGUUCUACUUUCUAACUGAUCACAGCUACUUAUCUGUCCCAGAUUUGAGUGGGGUACACAUUAUUUAGGAAAAAGAUACCUUUCAGGGGACCUGUUGCUAAAUGUAGUAGUGAGGAUUUACUUGCAUGACUGUUACUUUCCCAUCGAUUAAAAAUCUAAAAUUCUGCCCUACAAAGAGAUCACAACACGAAGGCAUUGUUUAAAACCUCUCCUUUUCCAUGUUUUGCCUGUCUCUCUAAACCUUCUUUGAUUGAUGAGACUCAAAUUUACGUAAGAACCAGAAACCUAUUCCCCAACCUCUUCACCUACUAACGUCUACAUUGUCUUCAAAAAGGACUUAAACUUUGGCUGUGGUGGCAGUGGUGGUGGUUUAAUAAAAGAUG